CAUUAAUUGGAGCUCACAUUCUUUUCCAGAAUAUUGUCUUAUGAAUCAUGAUUAGAGACUAGUAAUUAUUUAUCAUCUAUUCCACCAUAAGGAUACUAGCGAGAGAGAGAAAGAAUGGUUUGGAAGAAGGGAUACUUAGAUGUAAUCUUGGUCCCAAGUGGAUUAUUGAUCAUGUUUGUUUACCAUCUUUUCCUUCUCUAUAGAUGCUUAAGAUUUCCUGAGACCACAGCCAUUGGCUAUGAGAACCACUACAGAAAAGCUUGGGUUGAGAAAAUGCUGCAGGUUGAAGCUAAGGAAAGAGGUCCAUGUCUAAGUGUGAUCUCCAGCACCAUAUCAGCUGCAACUUUCUUUGCUUCAACCUCCCUGGCUUUAAGCUCUCUUAUUGGGGCCUGGGUUGGAAGCACUUCAAAUGAUUUCUUCAAGAGUAUUUUCGUAUAUGGUGACACAGAUCCAUCCAUCAUUUCUGUCAAAUAUGUUAGCCUUCUGUUUUGCUUCUUAAUAUCUUAUGCUUCUUUUCUCCAAUGUAUAAGGAGCUUCGUCCAUGCAAAUUUCCUUAUCAGUAUGCCAAAUAGUGAUGUCCCAGUGGAGUAUGUGCAGAUGGCACUGAUACGGGGAAGUGCUUUCUGGUCAGUUGGGUUACGGGCAAUUUACUUUGCAACCACAUUACUGCUGUGGAUAUUGGUCCAAUACCAAUGUUUGUUUCUUCAGUGGCUAUGGUGGUGAUUUUGCACAUUCUUGAUACAAACUCAACUCCAUUGCAUCACUUUCAACCGGCCAAGAGUCGUAACUUGUUGAGGAAGAUAGGUCAGAAUAUAACUGCAGUCUCAAGGGUUGUUGAGCACCAAAAAGGAUUGCAUGGUGAUGCGAGCACUACUACUUCUGGUGCUCAAACAUGAUCUUCACUUUGAUUGAAAAGAGGGAAUUAUCAUCACCUGCAGGAACUGGGAUUGAUAAUUGUGAUCGAGUUCACUAGAAACAAGCAUGUAGAAUAUUUGCUUUUCAAGGCUUUAAAUUGGCUAUACAACUUUAAAGCCCCGGGACUUCAAAAGGGUUUGGUUUGGAGCUUUUUAUGUAGUGAAUCUCCCCAUGGUCUGCAAGUAAAAACGUAGCAGCUACUGUAUCUGAAUGUAAUGCUAGUAAAUUUCCUCAAUUUGACAUUCUGUUGACGAGGUAUAAUUUAACUAUCCUAGCUUAAUAGCUUUAAAACCAUAUAACAACAAUAGUAAGCAUCUCAGAUCAGGAA